AUUUUUGAAGUUUGAUUAUAGGUGGUGCCGUGGCACAGAGAGACGUUUUAUUUAGAAACGUUAGACCACUAUAAUUAUGUUUUUUCCUUUUCCAUUUCGUCAUGGUUCUACUAGAGAAGCUGCUUCUGCAUCAUGAAUAGUUUUGAAGCGAUUGCAGCAAGAAUAAUUUUGAAGCUGCACUUGCAUAUUGGAAAGUUGUAUGGAAGCUACUGCAUCAGCAUCAACAAUAUGGUCGUUGUGGAGGAAAAACAAGAAGUGCACGGUCCUUCAAGGGCGGUGAUCGGUCUAGCGUAGCUUAAGAUCUAGGACGUAGCGUAUCGCCACCUCCAGCUCUAGGUUGUAGUGUUGUUUUGGCUCUUCAGCAGCCGCUCACGUCCGCCAGGUUUCCUGGUAGGCCCACACCUAACCUAACCUAAACAGAGGAAGUAGCUCUGGGUCGCAAGGUCUCUUGGGCACCCGUGUAUUGGCAGAGAAUCAAGAACAGUAGGAUGGAAUUUUGGAUAAUCUAUGGGUGGAAGGUUAUGAAAAUCUUCAUAAAGAGUUAAUAUGUUUAAGAAGAAUUUCUAUCGAAUACAAAUAAAUGCAUGUUUACCUACUUUAGUUACAGAGGUGCACUGGUGGCUAUAUUUCAAAUACGACCACGAUCAAUGUGAGAUUGUGACUGCGUGCUCGUUCUACAAUUGACGA